GGCUGCACCGUGGCCCCCGCGCCGCGUGGAAAGCUGCCAGCAGAAGGGAGGGGAGGAGGAGGGGAAGAAAGUGAGGAGGGAGGCAAAGCUGAUGAUCUCUGGCUUGUGUGAUUUGUGGGUUUGUGAGUUUGGCGUGGCGAGCAGAGCAGAGCAGAGGAGAGAGUGCAUAACAAUGCAAAGCAUGCCGGGGCGGACUGCUUUUCUUUGCAUUCGUGCUUUAUACCUUAUUUGAUGACACUCUUUCCAGGUGGGAUAAAAUUUAUUCUUUUUCGCGGUGGUGGCGUCGUCGAAUCUCCUGCGGAAUUUCGGUAGAGCGAUGGGGACGGGUGGAUGGCAGUGGGGCUUCUCAGAUCAAGUGAGCUCCGCGGGGAGUUUAGAGAUCUGACGAAAUGAAAUGAAUAGAGCGAAAUGACAGCCGAGACGUGUUGUGUGAUCCACGAUGGCAUUGAAACCAGUGGGCCGGGGUCGCUUAAGGUAGGUAUGGAGGUGGGUGGUGGUGGCGACGGUGACGGAGGGCGAGGAAUGCGAGGAAUGUUCUGAUGGUUAGCGCGUCGGCGAGACUGCCAUAGCCGGGAAGACGGAUGCUGAAUGGAAACCGGGAGGCUGGACGGUUGGAAAUUGGAUCGGAUGGAUAAACUUAGUAGAGGUGUUAACCGUUCAUUGUGACGCAUUUCUGCGGGGAUUGGAGGACAGGCUUACAGAGAUCACAUGAUUUAACCAAUCAGAGAAAGGAAGAACAGGAACGAGACAUGGGGCUCGGAAUUAUCAUCUACGACACCUUAGUGGUUGGUGGAUCUUUGAUAGGUUCAGCUUGGGCAGGAUUAUGGUUUUUGAACAGGAAGCUGUAUAAGGAUUACGAGGAAAAGCAUGCACUUGUGCAGAUUUUGUUCGGCGUCGUGUUCGCAUUUUCUUGCAAUCUGCUCCAGCUCGUCUUGUUUGAGAUUAUCCCUGUACUCUCCGAAGGUGAAAGUUGACAUGAAAGGGGAAUUGGUGGGAGCUCGGAGAAAGUCACGUUUAAAUCGCUUAAUCGCUGAAAACUACACCAUAGAAGUCGCCUCAUCGCAUCUGCUAUACGAUCUAGAGUUCAGUCGAGCUCACGCAGUUUUUAGAGGCAAAGCGUCAAGCGGACUUCGUGAAUCCGUCGAGAGUGCUCGUUGGAUAAACUGGAAGCUUGAUCUUUUCUGUUUGGUCAUUGUUCUUGUCUUCGUUCUUCCCUACUAUCAUUGCUACUUAAUCUUGCGCAACAAUGGAGUUGGGAACAAGCGCGCAGCAACAAGUGCAGUAAUGUUUUUAACUGCUUUCUUAUAUGCUUUUUGGCGUAUGGGCAUUCACUUCCCCAUGCCGUCUCCUGAAAAAGGUCUCUUCACAAUGGCACAACUUGUCAGCCGACUUGGAGUAAUUGGCGUUACUUUGAUGGCUGUUCUAUCUGGCUUUGGAGCUAUCAACCUGCCCUACAGUUAUUUAGCACUCUUUACAAGGGAAAUUGAUGAAGUUGAGAUUGCCGCUCUGGAGAGGCGUCUACUUCACGCUCUUGAGAUGUCCCUUGCAAAAAAAAAGAAAAUUUUACUAUCUCGCAAAUAUAUGGAACGUCAAGUAUCUCAGGAGCAAGCUGAAUCCAAAUCAUUUAUGAAACGGCUCGUCGGUACAGUCGUGCGAAGUGUCCAGGAGGACGAUCGAGAACAAGAAAUAAGGGAAAGCGAGGAAGAAGUGAAAGCAUUGGAGGAGCUCUCUAGGCAACUAUUUCUAGAAGUUUAUGAACUCCGUCAAGCAAAGGAAGCAGCAAUAUUCUCUAGGACAUGGAGGGGGCAUGUAAACAACUUUCUGGGUUAUGUGUGCUCUGUAUAUUGUGUGUACAAAAUGUUGAAGUCAGCUCAAAGUGUUCUCUUCAAAGAGUCAAACUCUGUGGAUCCAGUCACACAAACCAUCAGUAUCUUUCUGCAGUUUUUCGACAUUGGAAUCAAUGUCAACCUCUGGUCUCAGUAUAUUUCACUUAUAUUCAUAGGUGUGCUUAUCGCCAUAUCUUUAAGGGGUUUUCUUUCCAACUUAAUGAAGUUUUUCUUCGCGGUAUCGGGAGGUAGUGGUACUUCUAGUAAUGUCGUGCUGUUCCUGUCAGAAAUCAUGGGCAUGUACUUUCUCUCCUCAAUUUUGCUCAUCAGAAAGAAUCUACCCAUGGAAUACAGAUCCUUGAUUACUGAUGUUCUUGGAGGGGAUAUUCAGUUCAAUUUCUAUCAUCGGUGGUUUGAUGCGAUUUUUGUAGCCAGCUCUCUUAUUUCUCUGGUACUCCUUACUGCCCAUUAUUCGUCACGCCGUGCUGAAAAGAAUCCUGUGGAUUGAGCCUGGCACUUGGUUCACACUGUACUUUCACCCCGAAGUCAUGCUUGACACGAUUGGCUGUUAUGAAGGCUUCUUGCAGAUUCUUAGUAGGCAAAUGAUUCUUUCUUCAGAAGAGAACCACGUCAGAUUUGUGGUCGGAUUCGCCAUGUAUGAAGAGACCUCACCUCCAUAAACUAAGGUUCCUUUAUAUCCAUUUUUUCCAUAAACCUCGAAUGCAACACCAGCCCGCUUAGCUCUGGAGAGGACGGUCACGUUAUCAAAACUCCGAUGCUUGGCCCCAUGGCUGCUUGCAAACUAAGUUCAAACAUUCAGUAUGAUUGAAAAUGUCAUCGACUUGUAUAUACCGAACAAAAACUUAGUGAGAUCUAGCAUUUUACGCACCCGGGACCUCAUUAUUUACAGUCUGUUGCUUAUAAGUCUGUAGGGUAAGGGCACCUGCCCUUUGUUAUUCUUUGUCCAAGAAACUCCGAAGUAAAGUAAAAUUACAGUACUACUAAAUUCUGAAGCUGGGGAUUCGAAGUUGACCAUAGCGGUCAGAAGACGAUUGUCUAUUUAUUUAGGAGUAUUUAUAGGUCUUGUGAGCCGGUGAUUUCUGUGAUUUUCAUCUUUUUUGAGCC